CAAUUAGGAUGCCGUACGACUUCCGCUCAUGUCCAUCGUCUUGGAAUAAACCUUAUUGCAUCUUGUUGUAUCUUGUUUUCGUCGAGAAUUCCACAUUGUUGACAGAAAUGCAGUUAGGAAAGCGCAGUUCUGCAGAGAAUAGUCUUUUUUUUUCGCGCCAGAGACCGAAAAAUUAAAAUAGCGUAAAACGAUGGAGCUUUGCAGUCGCGAUUCUAAGAUUAUAGAGAACUCUUUGGCUGUAAUUCACUUUUGCUAGUUGUUGCUGACAUAAAUGCCUGGACGCGUUUAUCGUGAAUGGAGAAAAUCCACUUGGAGUCGUGAUCUCUGAAGAACAAUCCCGAGUGGGUCCAACAAGUAUAUAUCUGCAUUGACUGGUCACUUAAUGCUGUGCGUGGAGUCGAAUCACUUUUUAUCUCAUUGUGUUUCUUAUGAGCUUUGUUUGCCCUGAUCUAGAAGCGAUUUAUUGCACCGUACGAGCCACCAACACGACUCAAGUGAUGAGACACGGUUGAGCUGACAACGAAACGAAGAUGAACAGAAAAAGGGAUAAAGGAUUUGAGAGUCCACGGCCUUUUAAAUUGACCCACCAGGUUGUGUGCAUCAACAACAUCAACUUCCAGAGAAAAUCUGUAAUUGGCUAUGUUGAGCUGACCAUAAUCCCAACAGUAGCCAACCUUAACAGGAUCAAGUUGAACAGUAAACAAUGCCGUAUCUACAGGGUUCGAAUAAAUGAUCUUGAAGCUCCUUUCAUUUACAAUGACCCUACAUUAGAAGUGUGCCACAGUGAGUCCAAACAAAGGAACCUGAAUUAUUUCUCUAGCGCAUAUACUGCGGCAGUGAGUGCUGUGGACCCCGAUGCAGGACAUGGGGAGUUGGUCAUCAAGGUUCCUUCUGAACUGUGGAAACAAGGAGAUGAUUCACAUCUUUUAAAAGUAUACAUUGAAUUUUCCCUGGACCAGCCAAAAGGAGGUCUCCACUUUGUUAUCCAUGAUGUGGAAGGCAGUAUGGCAGAGAGAGCUGCUCACGUGUUCUCCUUUGGACACCACAACUCCACUCGGUUCUGGUUCCCUUGUGUGGACUCCUACUCAGAGCUGUGCACAUGGAAGCUAGAGUUCACCAUAGAUUCCUCCAUGGUUGCAGUGUCAUGCGGUGACCUCAUCGAGACAAUCUACACACAUGACAUGAGGAAGAAAACUUUCCACUAUGUCCUACCUAUCCCAACUGCAGCACCCAACAUCUCCCUGGCUGUUGGGCCCUUUGAAAUUCUUGUAGACCCCUACAUGCAUGAGGUCACCCACUUUUGCCUGCCACAACUGCUGCCACUUCUCAAGCAUUCCAUGUCUUACCUGCAUGAGAUUUUUGAGUUCUAUGAAGAAAUUCUAACAUGCCGCUACCCUUACUCCUGCUUUAAGACUGUUUUUGUGGAUGAGUCCUAUGUGCAAGUGUCUUCCUAUGCUUCCAUGAGCAUUUUCAGCACCAACCUACUUCAUAGUGCUAUGAUCAUCGACCAGACCCCCUUGACACGUCGUUGCCUUGCCCAGGCCUUGGCUCAACAGUUUUUUGGGUGUUUCAUCUCCAGGAUGUCUUGGGCUGACGAGUGGGUUUUGAAGGGAAUCUCAGGCUAUAUCUUUGGCCUCUAUCUGAAGAAGACCUUUGGAGUGAAUGAAUAUCGGCACUGGAUCAAAGAGGAGCUGGACAAAAUUGUGGACUAUGAACUGAAGAUGGGAGGUGUCCUUUUGCACCCAACUUUUAGUGGAGGCAAAGAAAAAGACAACCCAACUCCCCACCUUCACUUCUCACUGAAGCACCCGCACACAUUGUCAUGGGAGUACUACAAAAUGUUCCAAUGUAAGGCUCACUUGGUGAUGAGACUUAUUGAAAACAGAAUCAGCAUGGAGUUCAUGUUGCAGGUUUUCAACAAGCUUUUGAGUCUGGCGAGCACAGCCUCCUCGCAAAGAUACCAGAGUCACAUGUGGAGCCAGAUGCUUCUAUCUACUCAUGCCUUCUUAAAAUCCAUCUCUAAUGUCUCUGGCAAGGAUAUUUCCCCUCUUAUCAAACAAUGGGUAGAUCAGAGUGCUGUGGUAAAAUUCUAUGGCAGCUUUGCAUUCAACAGAAAGAGGAAUGUUCUGGAAUUGGAGAUCCGCCAAGACUACACAUCCUCUGGAACUCAGAAAUAUGUUGGUCCCAUCAAGGUAACAGUGCAGGAACUCGAUGGCUCAUUCAACCAUACCUUGCAGAUCGAGGAGAAUAGCCUCAAACAUGAUAUCCCAUGUCACUCCAAAAGCCGAAGAAAUAAGAAAAAGAAGAUUCCACUGAUGAAUGGCGAAGAAGUAGACAUGGAUUUAUCAGCAAUGGACGCUGACUCUCCUCUCCUAUGGAUACGGAUUGAUCCAGACAUGUCAAUUCUGAGGAAGGUGGAACUGGAGCAAGCCGACUUCAUGUGGCAAUACCAGCUGCGGUAUGAAAGAGAUGUUGUUGCACAGGAGGAGGCCAUAUCAGCCCUUGAAACUUUCCCAACUCCUGCCUCCAGACUGGCCCUGACUGACAUCCUUGAACAAGAACAAUGUUUCUACAAAGUCCGCAUGCAGGCUUGCUUCUGUUUGGCAAAGAUUGCCAAUGCUAUGGUGAGCACAUGGCAGGGCCCACCAGCCAUGAAGUCCCUGUUUACCAGAAUGUUCUGCUGUAAGAGUUGUCCCAAUAUCGUGAAGACCAACAACUUCAUCAACUUCCAGAGCUAUUUCCUGCAAAAGACGAUGCCUGUUGCCAUGGCAUUACUCAGAGAUGUGCAGAACCUUUGUCCCAAAGAUGUCCUCAACUUCAUACUUGACCUCAUCAAGUAUAACGACAACAGGAAGAACAAAUUCUCAGAUAAUUACUACCGUGCAGAUUUGCUUGAAGCAUUGACCAAUUCCUUGACGCCAGCCAUCAGUAUCAACAAUGAGACUCGGACUGUGGACAAUUUAAAUGCUGAUGUGCGGCUCAUUUUGGAGGAGAUCACUAGAUUCCUUAACAUGGAGAAGUUACUACCAAGCUACAAAAGCACGAUAACGAUCAGUUGUCUGAAAGCCAUUCGUCAACUUCAAAAAAAUGGUCACAUUCCAAGUGAAGCAUCACUCUUCAGGUCCUAUGCAGAGUAUGGCCACUUUGUGGAUGUCCGUGUUGCUGCUAUCGAAGCUCUGGUGGACUAUACAAGAGUUGAAAAGAGUUCAGUUGAGCUGCAGUGGCUACUCAACCUUGUUCAGAGUGACCCGGCUCCUUAUGUCAGACAUAAGAUCCUCGCCAUGCUUUGUAAGAAUCCACCCUUCACCAAGACAACAGAAUCAGCUAUAUGCAAUGAAGCUCUGGUGGACCAGCUUUGGAAGCUCAUGAACUCAGGUACCUCACAUGAUUGGCGCCUGCGUUGCGAUGCUGUGAACCUCUACUACACUUUGUUUGGUUUGACCCGGCCUUCCUGCCUGCCCCUCCCGGAGCUUGGCCUUGUGUUGAACCUAAAGGAGAAGAAAGCGGUACUUAACCCUACCAUCAAGCCUGAACAGAGUGUGGGUGCCGUUAUUGACACCCCUGCCAGUAUUGGGAUCCAUGGUGUUGGCUUAAAUUACCCACCUGAGGAUGAAGAGCCUGAUCCUAUUUCACUGGGGGUGUGUGGGGUAGGACAGCCUCCUCAGGGCAUCAAAAGAAAGGCCGAGACUCAGCUGGGCUCCCCACCCGAACCCACACAGGCACUGCAGCAUCAAGAUGAUGAUGUUAGAAUUGGGCGCUACAAGAUCAGAUUUAACACGGAAGAUGAAGAUAUUGACAUGGAAACUGUGCAUGAUAGUCAGGCCUUCAUUCACCAUCACCUCAAUCUUCUGGAGAGACCCUCCACACCAGGUAAAGAGCCAGCAUUCGUCGAACAGUCAAUGCUGUCCAUGCCGGCCACGCCUAUACCAUCCUUCUCCAAAGACACCACAUCCUUACCUUCGAAACACAGAGGGGAGCACGACCACCACCAUCACGAGCACAAGAAGAAAAAGAAGAAAAAGCACAAGCACAAACACAAGCACAAGCAUGACAACAAGGACAGAGAGAGAAGUAACUGGCAUCCUUACAGCAAUAGCCCAGUCAGUGGCAAGUCCCUCCACUCACCAUCGCUGUCUGAAUAAAGUCUUCACAGGUAAAGUUAGCUACCCAUCAUAGUGCCACAUGUUUGACAAUUGGGGAGCCACAGUAGACCAUCCACUUUAUCACCUUCAAGUGAGGAUUCACUCAUGAGCAGAAGCUCAUAGAUUCAUAAUGUACUCCUUUGCUCAUUCAUGAUUGCUUUUUUUGGGGGGGAGGGGGUCUGGGUGUUUUACAAAAAUCUUAUUUUGUUACUAGCUAGAAAAUGUAAGUUUACCUUGCUGAAGUUUUAGGCAGGACUUUGGAAAGAACAAAAUACAAUUUAAACUUGCGAUAACCAAGAGUGUUUGUAAAUUGAUCACCAAUGUGUUGAAAAAAACAGACCUAAUGUUCCAAUAUCAAUAAUUCCUGUAAAACAUCUUACUCAAGCCAUGAUGUCAUUUUUAACAAAUUUGUCGGCAUAGCAAGGCCCUUUUUUGUUGUCAAUAUUAUUAUGUUUUUUUUAAUUGUACAGUGAUCCCUCGCUAUUUCGCGGUUCGUUUAUCGCGGCUUCAGUGCAUCGCAGAUUUUUUUCCAAACAUAUUCAUUAAAAAAAAUCUCAUAUACAUGGAGUACAGUACUGUACAUGUUGCUCUAUGUGACUCGCAGUUGUUUUGCUGACUUUCGCAGCUUCUUGCGGACCGUUUGUGGACUUUAAUUUUUAUUUCAUUUUUUUAUGUUUAUUGGUCGCUACUUUACGGAUUUUCGUUUAUCGCGGGUAGUUUUGGUCCCCAUUAACCGCGAUAAACGAGAGAUUCCUGUAGUUCCUUUCACUGCCAUUUAAUUUCAGUUAUUGCUUCUCUCACAUGACAACAUGACAGUAUACACAUCAUGGAUAAUUUUAAGAAAUUGCUGCAUGGACCAUACAUGCAACAUAAUUAGCAGCAGGGGUGCAAAUGCAAUAAUUUGAACUGAAGGAGCCAGUGCUCCAGUAUCAUAACGACACAACCAAAUCCGCGAAUGAAAUACGGGAUCAACUGAUGAACAUCACAAACACUGUCAUGCAAACCAGCGAGCCAUUGUCACAGAUUGCUGUAUAUGCAUCACAAAUGUUAAAUAAAUACAUUUUAAAAUGUUGAAUAUGAAA